AUGGCAGCAUCAGCAAGGGACAUUAACCUCUCCACGUCUCCUACGGCCUCAUUCCAAUCUGCACCGUCGAGCCAUGGAGGAUCAGCUCUGGGAAGCCGGACCAUCCCACUUGCUAAUGCGAAACACCUGAAGCCAUUUGCCACUGAGGAUAUCAAAGUACUACUCCUGGAGAAUGUCAAUCAGACGGGCAGGGAUAUUCUCACAAAACAGGGCUACCAGGUUGAAUUCCUCAAAUCGUCGCUCCCAGAGGAUCAGCUUAUCGAGAAAAUCCGUGAUGUACAUGUCAUUGGUAUCAGAUCCAAGACGAAACUCAGCGCUCGUGUCUUGAAGGAAGCCCGGAACCUUAUUGUUAUUGGCUGUUUCUGCAUUGGGACCAACCAGGUUGACCUUCAGUAUGCAGCUGAGCAUGGCAUUGCUGUCUUCAACUCCCCUUUCAGCAAUUCCAGAAGUGUUGCUGAGUUGGUGAUCGCCGAGAUCAUUGUUCUUGCCCGUCAACUUGGCGAUCGGUCAAAUGAAAUGCACAAUGGUACCUGGAACAAAGUUAGCAACAAAUGCUGGGAAAUUCGUGGGAAAACACUCGGAAUCAUCGGUUAUGGUCACAUCGGCGCUCAGCUUUCAGUUCUAGCCGAGGCCAUGGGAAUGUCGGUCAUAUUCUAUGAUGUAGUGAACCUGAUGGCACUAGGCACAGCGCGGCAAGUGCCUACCCUUGAAGGACUCCUUGCACAAGCCGACUUUGUUACCUGUCAUGUCCCUGAGCUUCCGGAAACCAAGAACAUGAUAGGGCACCAGCAAUUUGAACAAAUGAAGACCGGCAGCUAUCUCAUAAAUGCUAGCCGCGGCAGUGUCGUUGAUAUCCCAGCACUUAUCCAUUCCAUGCGAUCUGGUAAGAUUGCAGGAGCCGCGCUUGAUGUCUAUCCUAAUGAGCCGGCUGGCAAUGGUGACUAUUUCAAUAACGACCUCAAUACAUGGGGAGCAGACCUUCGUAGUCUCAAAAACCUGAUCUUGACCCCGCACAUUGGAGGCAGCACUGAAGAAGCACAGCGUGCAAUCGGUGUUGAAGUUGCGGAGGCAUUGGUGAGGUAUGUCAAUGAAGGUACAACGCUCGGCGCCGUCAACCUCCCAGAAGUCGCCCUUCGAUCAUUGACCAUGGAUGAAUCAAAUCAUGCUCGGGUCAUUUUCAUUCACCAGAAUGUUCCUGGUGUGUUGCGGAAAGUCAACGAAAUUCUUGGGGAUCACAACGUUGAUAAGCAAAUGACCGACAGCAGAGGCGAUGUGGCCUAUUUGAUGGCUGAUAUUAGCGACGUCGACAACUCUACAAUCAAGGACUUGUAUGAGAGACUUGAGAGCCUUGGAUCUCGAAUUAUGACUCGCAUCUUGUAUUAA